GCCUCACACCUGGUAUAAAAGGCUGAGAGCACUUUCAUGCUCCAUUGCAUACAGUAUUUUAUUCAAACGCGACGCUUCGCACAUAGACUGCAGAUACGCUUUCUGAAGAAUAAUGGCUGCCAGUGCAGAACGUCAAAUAUGUUGUGCAUGUGAAAACCGGGGCAAGUGCAAGAGUUGUGAAUGCCGUCGAAGAGGAUGCAACAAUUGUGCAAAUCCUUCUUGUCAAUUCAAGAUUACAGCAUCAACAAGCCGGUCCCGCAUUCAUCCCUAUGCAGCAAACAGUUCAAGAAAUCAGCCUCAAGGUGACCAAGGGACAAGCCGGAAUCAAGAUCUCCAAGUGGCUGCUAUGCCUGCAAAUAGAGCAGAUGAAGAAGAAAGGGUUUCAUUGACGGCUGUAGUCGACAGGAUGUCCGAGGGAGAGUUACGCAGGUGCCUUAGAGCAGCUGCAAUAGCAGAGCCUGAGGUCAUGCGAAACUUUAUCAUAGGACAGCAUAGAGUAGAACCUGUGAUUGGUGAUCCUGGUAGCUCCAAUUCAAAUGUUCCAGGAUGUUCAUGUGGAAAAUGUAUAGUAUUUACUGAUCCACGAAUGAACAUCUGCUGUGGACAACGUCCAUGCAUUACCUCAAAAACAGAAUUUAAAAAUCUGUGUUUGAGGCAUGAUGUGCUGGAAGUUGCUAACAUUUUGAAUUGGAGCUAUCAGUUCAAUCAGGAACCCAGCUUUAGGAACUCAACCUUCAGAAACCAAGCCUAUAGGAAUUUUAUUCUUUGGCAGCAUGGUCGCUUGGGAGCCAGGAGACGAGUGCCAGUCCCUUCCUGUGUGUGUAAGACAGUGAGGGACCGAUUCCCGGAAUCAAAUGGACUAUACAGAGGAUACCAUUCCGCAAACUCUGAUUCAGAAUAAAAAAUUCAUCAA